AUGGGCAAAGAUCUUUGUUUUGAGAUAGAAAUCUCGCGCCGUUUCCGUCGUGAAAAGCUCCGUUUUUGCAAGGUGCGUUGCUGCCAGCAACUCCCAUUUCCAGAUUUACCAGCAGCCGCCCUCGAAGCGCACAUGAAUUGUCGCCACAACGUCAUCAACGCUAGUCCUAUGGAGAUGGAGCUGCCGGCCACGCCCACGCCUACUGACUCAAGGAUGCACCUCAAUUUCCAGUCACCCACGGCCGACAAGGCACAGCAGUCGCUGCGCAUGCAGGUGGCAGCCCACAACUUCAAGAAGCGCGAGGCUUGCGAUUCGCCAGUGGCCUCGGACGACUCAGCGUCGCCACUUCCCGUAGCUACGUGCAACUUUGCUGCUCUGAGUCGUCACUUUCACCUGCCACUCAAGGUAGCGGCGGAGAAGUUUGGUGUCCGCGCCACUGCCUUCAAGAAACGCUGCCGAGCCAUCGGCAUCCGCCACUGGCCCUACCGUAAAGUACGCAGCCUCAAGCGCUCGCUACUGGAGCUGGAGCAAUGUCAACAUCAGGCCCAGGAUGGCUCGGGCCCACCGCUCUCAGACAAGCAGCUACGUCAGUUCGCAGGCUAUCAAAGCCAACUCAAGCGCCUCUUAUCGCCUGAGACGUACGGCAUUGACCCUUUCGGUCAGAUUCUGCCUGCCCAUUUCUUUCAAGGCGACACCGCGGACGGAAGCAAUACCCCCGACGACCACGACUCGGACGAGGACUCGUGUGGAUCGCAGAGUCCGCGGCCGAGCGUCGGGCGCUUUGUAUACAGGACCAAAGCACGCAAGCACCUCUUCACGGACUCGCCAUCCUCAGCUUCGUCACUGCACCGUGACAAAAUGUUCUUCGGUAACCCCAUGGCUACGAGUGCGGCGGCCGAAUACGGUCGAGCGCAGUUCAAUCAACACAGCCAAGCGUCCAUGGUUCCCACUCAGGUGGGCUUCAUUUUCGACGCCAUGUACGACCCCUUCGGUGAGCUCAGCACCUCCACCAUGGACCCAUUCGGCGAGAAUGACCACCCUUCCUGUGGCUAUUCUCUUGACGCCGUCUCGUACGAUUUCUUCCCAUUGCAACCGUCGCCGACAACAGCCCUGCGGAAAGCAAGUGCCGUGGUUCCGCAGGCUGCAUCAGCUAUUGAUAAUAGCACUUGCAAUUGGGAAGAGCCGUCAUCGAUCGCUUCAAGUGGAGUUGAAUGUCACGAGGACGAUAUCUUUCGCCACAUCUCCCCUGAGUACGGCUGCCUUGUGUAA